AUGAAGGACGAGGUCAAACAAUCUAAAGCCGUCAUCAGACAACCUGUCCAAAGCUCACAAACCUUAAUCUUCUUUAUCCAUCGCACACCUCAGGGCCAAUACUAUGAAAUGAAAGAAACCAUAUCCCUAUCCCUGUCUCGGCUAAACACUGCAUGGCAUCAGACGCCUGUUUCAACGCCUGCUGCUGUAGUAGUCUCGCCUCAAAACACUCCACUCUCCGCCCGCCGCCCGCCGCUUGCUGCCAUGAAUUCGCCGCCGCCACCGCUUCCUCCCUCGUCCCGGCGCCCAACACUCAAUUCACUAACCAUGAGUCCCUCCCUCCCUGCGCCCAAAUGUUUUCAAGAUUCCGUCACGUGUAUCCUCACUACUGUAAGACUAAUUCGGCAGACGAGAUUCGGGCCCGAGAAUACUACAAUCUCGCCGGUUCCAAUCGCGUCUGCCUCGAUUACAUUGGCCACGGGCUGUUCUCCUACUCCCAACAACAGGGAAACCAUCAUUUGACCGAAGAUAUCGCGUCCACCUCCGCCUGCCCGCCGCCCGCCGCCGCCGCAGGCGGCGGCGGCGGCCAGUUCUUCGAUAUCUUGUACAAGCCUGUGAGCUUGAACUCCCAGUUACUCUACGGCGGCACGGAAUCUGGGCUUGAAGCCAGCAUAAGAAAACGAAUCAUCAAGUAUAUGAACAUAUCAGAAGAUGAUUACUCCGUGGUGUUCACUGCCAAUCAGUCAUCUGCAUUUAGGCUUUUAGCAGACGCUUAUCCCUUCCAGGCAACCAACACUCUUCUCACGGUCUAUGAUUACCAGAACGAAGCGGUGGAAGCCAUGGUGGAGAGCUCAAGGGCGAGAGGCGCCAGAGUUUUAUCUGCAGAAUUUUCGUGGCCUAAUUUGAAGGUGAAUUCAAGAAAGCUACGGAAAAUGGUGGUGAGCAAAGGGACAGGGAGUAGUAGUAAACGAAAAAGGGGAUUAUUUGUGUUCCCACUUCAGUCUAGAGUGACCGGAACUCGAUAUUCAUAUCAAUGGAUGAACUUAGCCCACGACAAUGGCUGGCAUGUACUCCUUGACGCCUCAGCUUUAGGCGCCAAGGAUAUGGAGACUUUAGGCCUCUCCCUCUUUCAGCCUCACUUUCUCAUCUGCUCAUUCUUCAAGGUUUUUGGGGAGAACCCUUCUGGAUUCUGUUGCCUAUUUGUCAAGAAAUCCAGCAUCCCAGAAUUGGAAAAAUCCCCCACAAGCAUUGGCAUUAUUAGCCUUGUUCCAGCCUCACCAGAUAAUAAAGAAAGCUCUUCAUCUUCUUCAUCUUCCUCCCCAGUAUCUGUCCAAGAAAAUUCAAGAUUUCUGGGCACCAAAGAGGAAGAGGAAGAGGAGGAGAAGAAGCAGUUGUCACUGUGGGAAUUCUUGAAACUGGAGAAAGUUAUUGAGAGCAGACGGUUAAAGAACGCCAUGGCCGCCGGCGCAGAGGAGAUUACAGAAUGCAGGGGAUUGGAUCACGCAGAUAAACUAGGGCUAGUACUGAUCAGUAACCGAGCCAGAUACCUAGUAAACUGGCUAGUAAACGCGUUGCUGAGUCUCCGACAUCCUCGUUCCGAAAACGGCGGCGUGUCUCUGGUUCAAAUCUACGGACCAAAGGUGAGAUUCGACAGAGGGCCAGCGAUUGCGUUCAAUGUGUUUGACUGGAAAGGACAGAAGGUCCCUCCCGCACUCGCACAGAAGCUAGCAGACCGACAAAACAUAUCUGUUUCCUGCGCAUUUCUGAACCACAUUGGAUUCUCCGACAUGUACGAUGAAGACAAGAGAAAAGCCGUGGAGAUCAUCCUCGUCGGAGAUAAUAAGAAAAGGGGAACCUCUUCUUCUGGGAUAUCUGUGAUCACUGUUUCUCUGGGACUGCUGACUAACUUUGAGGAUAUGUACAGGCUAUGGAGUUUUGUUUCAAGAUUUCUGGAUGCCGAUUUUGUUGAGAAGGAAAGAUGGAGAUACAUGGCUCUCAAUCAAACUACUCUUGAACUCUAGACCCAUAAUCCAACACACAUAUAUUCUUUCAUUCUUUUUACGUUGUAACUGGUUUUCAUUCUUUGUACACAUCAAACUUGUUCCCUCUUAGCUCAGUACUAUGUUUCAUCAUUUUUCAAGCAUACCUUUUUUACA